UAACCGGUUGGGCUUUGUAGCGGAGAAGUGAUGUGUUUCCUGUGAGGUACGGACUGAAUUCUUAUAUUACUUAGAAGAAAUGAAGCCUUUAAAUAUCAUCUCUCGCCAGAGAGGAUGUUACAUAAGAACUAUUAUCGCAGGGUUUCAGCUGAAAAAAUCUCUGGUCGUGGAUCUCCAGGGGCUUGACGCCAUGACGAAGUGAUUGGCCUAAAGUAAUUCCGACUUUGACGUAAGUCUUGAAAGGGUUAACUGCCUCGAAACGUUAAGAACAGACGUGUUUCAAUGCGUCUCUACAGGACUUCUCCUUCACUGCGACACAAGCGGACACAACAAAAGUGUACAUUCCGUCACUGCCGUUCGAUUUGAACCAAAAUGUGAAUAUGUAGACAAAGGUUGGUAAAACUGCCUCAGUAUCAGUUUUCCUGCAAGCCUGCUCAACAGUUCUCGAGUUGUUACGGCAAAGCAGAGGUGAAUUCUUGGAACUUUUCGUUGCGAAAGCACUAAAACCCAGGAUAGUUACCCGAACUAUCAGUUCAGUUUAACCCCUUAAAGCCCAGUGGUUACUAUAUGCUCCCCAGAGCAAGAGGAACAGCGAGUGGCUCCCUUGUUGGCUGUCUCAUCCGAUUCCUAUGCAAUUGCUAUUCAAGAAGACUGUGACGCCGUAUAGACCGACAGAAGGAAUGUAGAUCUACUGUCUCCAUCUUCAGGAUGGCGGAGAAAGUCAAAUAAGCAACCAGUAAGAAGCAAGUUGGUUUUCUAUCCUGAGGAUUAAGCAAAUAAGUUCUUGUGAAGUGUCGGCGAAGUUCUACCAGGCACGUAGGUUCAUGUGCUUCCGAGAAUAGCGUUCUGGCUCGUCGAGUGUCAUGAAUUGGAAAGGAUUUGAAAGGAAGUGGCAUGGCCUGCCUGACAUAUCCCUGGUACUUGCUUUGAUACACUGAGUAGCACCUCGAGGCAGCUGGUGUCCUGAACACAAUUCUAGGGCUCAACGCAGCAGACUGCAAAGGCCUAAUCAGUUGACGAGAACAUGCGCGCAUUCGUAAACUGGGCACUACAUUCAGUGACUGAUCACCUUCAAGCCCCGGCCGCUUUAUCCCCGGCACCCCACAGACGGGAUAGACGCUGUGUCGAACGAAGAAAUCUCCUUUCUGGCAGAAAUAGAACUCAGAUUACUUUGUCAUGUGUCAUCUCUCCCAUGCGUGCUGUAUGUCCCACCAAUCUCAACCCUUGGUUUGUACCCGUCCGUCUGUAAUCGCAGUCGUCACACCGACUACCUCAUCCGAGACUUCCCGUAGUUUUCUCUAGUCCCUCCAGGAUAAUGCCUGGGUUUGAAAUACGCCAUGGCCACUUCCUUCCUAGUCCACCACUGGGCCUCCAGCCAUCGGACGCUGCAUCGGCUCUUUGCUUCUUACAGCAAUUCAUAGUCGGCGCCGUGGCCACGUUGGCGACCGUCACAGCGGGCAUGACGCUCGGGUACUCCGCCGUGACGCUCCCAGCCAUGCAGACGGCAGAUCGCGUGUCGGAGGAGCAGGCUUCUUGGAUAGCGUCCCUAUCUACCAUCGCCACACCCAUUGGGUGCCUCCUGACAGGGGUGCUCCUGGACUGCCUGGGGCGCAGACGCACUCUGAUGCUGGUCAACGCGCCCGCAGUUGUUGGCUGGAUCCUAAUCGCUACGGCACUCCACAGCGAGCCCUGGCUCCUGUACCAGGUGUACGCGGGUCGACUCCUGACAGGGGUCGCCACAGGCAUGUCCAGCUCGCCCGCUACCGUGUACGUCAGCGAAGUGGCAGACAAGUCGCUCCGAGGCAUGAUGGUCACGUGGUCGUCAGUGGGAAUCUCCCUCGGCAUCCUGUUGGUCUACGUCAUUGGGUACCUCUUUCCGGACAACUGGCGCCUGGUCGCAGGCAUCACCACUUGCUUUCCCGUCGCCUCUGUCAUCGCGACGUGGUUCCUGCUGCCCGAGAGUCCUGUGUGGCUCGUGUCGCGGGGCAGGAUUGAGGAAGCACAAACCUCCAUGAGACUAAUUCGAAGCGUACCCGAGGAUACCAGCCUCUCGGAGAGCUUGCAGCAGGAGUUGGACGUCGCGUUGGCGCGCGAGGACCAACAGGACAGCUGGAAGGACACGCUCGGCUUCCUGAAGAGACCCGAGGCCUACAAGCCGCUUCUCGUCAUGAACGCGUUCUUCUUCUUCCAGCAGUUCUCUGGAAUUUUCGUCGUCGUGUUCUAUGCCGUCAGCAUAGUGCAGGAGACGGGGUCACACUUGGACGGCUACCUGGCAACAGUGCUCAUAGGAGUGAGCCGCUUGGCUACAACCGUGGCCAUCAGCGUCGCGUCCAGACGGUGCGGACGCAGAGCUCUGUGCAACGCGUCUGGGCUGGGCAUGACGCUGUCCAUAUGGGCGCUGGCCCUGUACCUCACGCUGGCCCAUGACGGCACCGUGAGCCGCGGUAUGUACGGAUGGUGGCCGAUCACGUCCCUUGUGCUCUACAUUCUGACGAGCACUGUGGGCUUUCUCACGCUACCCUGGGCCAUGAUCGGAGAGGUGUUCCCCGCCAGAAUACGGGGCCCAGCUUGCGGAGUCACUACCUGCUUGGCCUACUUGUUCAGCUUCGUCACCCUGAAGCUGUAUCCCGAGAUGAAGCUCCUGUGGGGCAACCACGGGCUCUUCACGUUCUACACCGCCAUGGCGCUGGCCGGCACCGCCUGCAUGUAUGCGUGUCUGCCCGAGACGCGAGGCCGGUCGCUGGCCCAAAUCGAGGACCACUUCAGGGGACUGUAGUAGGAUAUGAGGGUUAAGUAACAUAGUCGCUAUCAUGGGCUCAUUUCACGUGCGUCAGCUGGAGAGCCGGAAACACAUUUUAACAAAUCUUCGAACGAGAGUUAUUCCUUUGGUGGUACCCCAAAUUCUUUGGCUCUGCUCUGGACUUGAGGGUCGUACAGCGGUGACCAGUAGGGCUGUCUUUGAUGCUCUCCUGCUUUGCUUACGUAGUCUACACGGCGUUACAUCCCACAAGAUCCUAAACUUCCUACCUUCAAUUUUCUUACAACCAGUAACACUAAUGUGGCGGGCGCGCGGACUUGUGAGGUGACAGCCAUUACCGCAGUUACCGCCACACGGCAACCGUGGUAACGACGAUGACAAAGUCCAAGCAAGCACUGCAAAAAACUUGAGGAGAGUAUGAAAAUUCACUGCGCAAUAGGUCGCUGUUUCACAACUCUGUUGUUGUUCUGUUAUGUGUUUGUUUGUCCGCAAUAGAUACCGAGCAGAUAAGAUAACCCGCUGCUGAAGUUCCCACUUCAAGUGGGUUGCCACAUAGCUGAUGGAAGUCCAUCGUGGCAGAGCGCCCUUCUGGGUCCCUGUGUGACGUAAGGCAGUCAGGAAGGGCACUUAUUCCGCGAGAAUGUAAAUACAGCGAGGAAUAACAUAGGAGUGCUCCCACAGGUCACUAUAGAAAGUGCAGCAAAAACACAAAUUAAACACAAAGUUAAUAGAGAGUCCGUCGAGUGUAACAAUUUGUAGGUCACUUUUUUA